GACCUCAACAGCUCGCUUUUGAAAUUCACUAUCAGGUGCUCCGUCGUGGCGUUUUAUUUAAGUUUAAGUCAGGAGAAUUCUUGCAAAAUUUGAUCAACCAGAGCUUGUGCUGAGGGGAAGCGCGCAUUAAGUUAACUAAGCGGUGUUAUGCCUUCAAUUCAAAUCGUUUUUUUUUUUUUUUACCACACUUGACGAAAAGCCCCCGAGGCUGAAUAUACGGGAUGAAGUUUCAACUGUUGACGCCUCUGACCAUUGCGUUGACCGUAGUCCUUGUGGUUGUCAUUAAAACCCGCAAACAAGAACACGACAAAGCGGACAAACAAAACAAAUUCGAGAGCAUGAAAGUGCGGGUUACCAACGACGUGGUGGCAGAGUAUCAAACGCAAAAGAUCACCAUGGAGAACCGCAUCGACAGCGCUCGAAAGGAGGAGAAAGAUUUGCAGACUGACGUGGAGUCGUAUGAACAGAGAGUGGUGAAAAAGAACAUAGAGGUGGAAGCGUGCCAAGGAGCUGUGGUAUCAUUGAAAGAUGGGGUGGCUAAUCUGGAAAGAGAACUCCAAAAUCUACGCGGUGAGACGAGUAAAGAGAAAACCUCGUGGCUUGCCAAACUGGAAUCACUGAAAAAGGAACUACAGAUGCCGAGUGCAGUCUGCCCCUUUUUGAAGAAAGGAGUCGAUUCCGCAAGCAAAUUAUGUGACAGUGAGACAGAGAAAGUAGAGGCACCUAAGGCAGAGGCUGCCAAACCAGACGCACCUAAAGCAGAACUCCCCAAACCAGACGCACCAAAGGCAGAGAUCCCCAAACCGGACCCACCAAAGGCAGAGAUCCCCAAACCAGACGCACCAAAGGCAGAAGCUCCUAAAAUAAAAGCAAAGGGUUGAAGCCAGUCCAUAGGCCUGACUGUGACACAGAGGGAACGUCUAAUGUUAAAACUCCAUUAUUUUUCUUCAAAUGUUGUACCGCUACUGGACUUGCCAGAUUGGAUAUCACUUUCAACACAUUAUUUAUUUUUGUUGAAUAAAUAAAAAGAUCUCUCAACGUC